CCCGAUGAAGCAGCCAGCGCGGAGUCCAUAGCGUCUUGUCGCAGUCCGGACACCAUGGGGGUAUAUACUCCAGAUAAUAGUUGUUAUGACCUCCUCACUGUUAUAGGGAGAGGAUUUGAGGACCUGAUGACGGUAAACUUAGCGCGAUACAAACCCUCGGGGGAGUAUGUUUGUAUCAGAAGAGUUAACUUGGAGUAUUGCACCAACGAUAUGGUGGCCUUCCUGCAGACGGAACUUCAUGUGUCUAAGCUGUUCAACCACCCCAACAUCCUCCCUUACAGAGCCACAUUCAUAGCCAACAAUGAGCUGUGGGUGGUCACCCCGUUCAUGGCUUACGGGUCAGCCAAGGACCUGAUAUGCACACACUUCACAGAUGGAAUGAGUGAGCUGGCAAUCGCUUACAUCCUGCUUGGAGUGUUGAAAGCCUUGGAUUACAUCCAUCAUAUGGGUUACGUUCACAGGAGUGUGAAGGCCAGUCACAUCCUCAUCUCUGUGGAAGGGAAGGUGUACCUCUCUGGCCUGCGCAGUAUUCUUAGUAUGAUAAACCACGGACAGCGACUGAAAGUGGUCCAUGAUUUCCCCAAGCACAGUUCCCGGGUUCUUCCCUGGCUGAGCCCGGAGCUCUUACAGCAGAACCUCCAGGGGUACGAUGCCAAAUCUGACAUCUACAGUGUGGGGAUUACAGCGUGCGAGCUUGCUAAUGGACACGUGCCAUUCAAAGACAUGCCAGCUACGCAGAUGCUCCUUGAGAAGCUGAAUGGCACGGUGCCCUGCUUGCUGGACACGGCAACCAUUCCUGCCUCAGAUCUCAUCAUGAAGACCUCUCGCUCUGGAGCGGACUCUGGCAUUGGAGAAGGCACCUCCUGUCGCCCCUCCAACGGGGAGCACAGCAUGCACCCUUACAACCGCACCUUCUCCCCACACUUCCACAACUUGGUGGAGCAGUGUCUGCAGAGAAACCCUGAGCUACGGCCUAACGCUGGCACUCUGCUCAAUCAUUCCUUCUUCAAACAGAUAAAGCGUAGAGCAUCUGAAGCCCUUCCCGAGCUCCUCCGUCCAGUGUCCCCCAUCACCAACUUCGAGGGAGCUAGACGUUCAGAUCUGCCCGGAUUAGAGGGACUGGUAUCUAACUUGGAUCAGCUGGAUGUGGAUGACUGGGACUUUUAAGGAAGAGGGGAGGGAUUGGAAUCCCGUUAAUGUUUACACUGCACUGGCCCCGACAGGAGGUCUCGCUUAUUGGAGGUGCAUGAGGAAACCCACCAUCACAAAUCUUAGGCGUGCAUACAGAGAAGCUGCCUCUGAUGUUGGCAGCAGCCUCAUCUCACCGUUCGUGUUGUUCGUUCCUCUGGAAGAAGGCACACUAUGCUGGAAUUUGUCUCGUAUAUAGACGUAGUUAACCUGCUUUGCGCUGUACGGUCACUGAACAUGUCAGUUCACUUGGUUAUCACCACUGGUCACCCAACCCUGCUUGUUCACAGGUGGCACCUGCUAAUCAGUGUUGUGCAAAACCAGCGGCUAUUU